GCCCCAUCUGUGGCAUCCUCCGUAGCGUGACCAUGGCCGAGUGGUCCCCUUCGAACAAGAAACCCGCGGCGAUGGGGGCUUUCAACCUCGCAUCCAAAGCGUCGCAGCGGCAAAUGUGGCGGCGGGAGGCUGAGAAUGGUCCAUCUGUGCCUCUUACGACCUCGCACGAGCCCAAGAAUCCGUUCGACUGCAUCAAGCAAAUCUUGCCGGCGGAAUUGGAUCCGUACGAGGAGAGGCGGUUGUUUGCGUCGCGGAUGGCGCGGACCGCGCAGCGCACCCGACCGAAUCAUGACGAGCGGCAACCAUACGGCGUCAAGUCCGUCGACAACAACUUGCCCCUAGCUACAUACGACAUUGACCACGGCGGCAAGGCGGUGCGAUCCACCCCCUUGUCCCUCGACCACCCAUUUCGUCACACUCGGGUAGACGCUGUCCACUGCCGUCGAGGCGUCCACGAUGGCGUACUCCGCAGCGUUCAAGUCCAAGAAGCAUCGGUUUGCGAGCACGCAGGCGUACAAACUGGGGACGUUUGCCAGCUUUGUAAAAGAGCCAUACGCGAGAAUUGUAGCCACCCCGAAGACAUGGGGCCUGGCACGUACCGCCUGCGCAUGCACACGCUGCGGAUCAAAAACAUUCAGGGCGAAGACUACACGUUUGCGAGCCACACCGUGCGGUUUCACACGCCUCGUUUGCCAGCGGUCGAGUCAUCGUCGUCGUCGCCAGUGAAAAGUCAUGCGAAGCCAACCGUGAGCUCGGCGGUGGCCAUGUCCCAGACGCCGCGCUUCCAGUCCGACACCGCGUUCCCAGGUUGGAUCAUCUUGAAGCCAUCCAUGACGUGACAUGCUACAAUAAUGGCGCCGUAGAAAACUAUGCGUCGUCCAAGCAGCAGCGGGUCUUUUACCCUCCGGAUGUCGUCUACGAGAAGCCCUCCAUCUUACGAGUACACAUGGUAUUCACGUGGAGGGGCUGAGGACUGACAGGCGGUGGUAGAAUACAAUCAAAGAGUCGGUGGCGACAUCUACGGUCAAGUACGGCGGCAUGACGUCCAACGCAGACCGGCUCAUGUCGACUGCCGCCAUGGUGCACAACAUGCCAGGGGCGCCGAAGCUUCAUCCCGCAACAACAGACGCAUUGGGACCUGGCUCGUACAAGAGCUCGACGACACAGUUUGCGCACAAGGAAGAGUCCAAGGCCAAAGCGUUCACGUCGCUGUUGCCAUCCGAGGUACAUCCGUUGGGGCAGCAUACGCCAAUAGGCCGUGAUUUCUACGUAGCACACCAAGGACCGAUUCGGCAUGAAGCCAAACAAGAACGCAGGCUUCAUCGAAGCCAGGUUCCGAAGGUUCUGCACAGGAUGAAAGAAGUUGGCGGGAGUCAUUUAGAGGUUUAUAACCUAUAAAAACGUCAUUGGACAUUUCGAACAAAUGAAUACAAUUAAAUACGAAC